CACCAUUUACAAGGAAAAACAAGUCAAAAUACCAUAUAUAUUCUAACUAGUUAUCACCACUCCACCAAGAAAUUCAAUCAACUUCCAAAACUUGCAGUGAAAUAAAACCAUAAUUUAAACAAAUAAGCCGGCCAAGAACAGCUAAUCCUUCUGGCCGACUUUGUCAAUCCCACCACCCCAAUAUCUUUCUGAUCUUCAACCGUAUCAUCCCCUCCUCUCUACAAAACGUUCUUGAUCAUCUCAUCUGAUUCUCCCAUUGUUUCGACCCUCAUCCAACUAAGAGCACUAAGGUUUUCAUGGAUCGUAGUACUCCUUCUUGGUUCAUCACCCUCUUGAUGCUGUCAUUAUGUGCAAUCCCAGCAUCAUCGCAGGACGACACGGCCUAUGCCAAAUCCCUCCUCAAGUUCAAAGAAUCUCUGACUAAUGUUACCAUGCUCGAUAACUGGAGAGAACCGGUCCAGAAGUUGUGUUCUUGGAACACCCCUGUUUGGAAUGGCUGCUUGUGUGUGAAUGAUUCUUUUUGGGGACUAAAGCUUGAAGGGAUGGGGCUAGGAGGAAAACUCGACGUUGACUCACUAUCAGAACUGCCGCUUCGCAGCCUAAGUGUUAUGAACAACAACUUUUCAGGGCCAUUUCCAAGUAACAUAAACAAGCUUGGAAAGCUGAGAGGUCUGUUCUUGGCUAAUAAUAACUUCAGUGGUGAGAUUCCUGAUGAUGCCUUUUCAGGGAUGAGGGCUAUGACAAAAGUGGUGUUGGGAGAUAACUCUUUUAUGGGGAAAAUUCCUAUGUCUUUGUUGGGAUUGCCUAGGCUGGUGGACUUGCAGCUUCAGGAUAAUCAGUUUAACGGGCGCAUACCGGACUUUUGGCAGGCGGAUUUGAAAGUGAAUUUCUCUAACAACAAGCUCGAGGGGGCGAUACCAAACACACUCAGAGACCAGAAUGCAAGCUCAUUUUCUGGAAAUCUUAACCUAUGUGGUGAGCCACUGGAUCCAUGCAAAAGAAAGAAUUCGACCAAGAAAAUCGCGAUCAUCAUAGCUGCUGUGGUGGUAUUGGCAUUAGCAGCCUUCAUAGUACUCUUCGUCUUCUACCGUAGGCGCCAAAAGCCUCUAAAACAUGAAAAAUCAGUUGACCAUCUCCAAACAGAAGAGCCAAACAAGGGUACCGUAACUUACAAGAACAGUGAACAUGGAAAACUGUACUUUGUGAGAAAUGACACGCAGAAAUUUGAGUUGGAAGAGCUGCUAAGGGCAUCUGCUGAAGUCUUGGGAAGUGGAAGCUUCGGCUCUUCUUACAAGGCCGUACUUUUCACCGGCCAGACGUACGUCGUGAGGCGGUUCAGAAACAUGAGCAAUGUUGGAAAAGAAGAAUUCUAUGAGCACAUGAGACGGCUGGGGAGGCUAACGCACCGUAAUCUACUGCCUCUUAUAGCUUUCUAUUACAGGAAAGAAGAAAAGCUCCUGAUCACUGAUUUUGUUGAAAACGGCAGCCUGGCUAGUCUGCUUCAUGGCAAAAGAACUCCUAACCAACCACUGCUCGACUGGCCGAUGCGCUUAAGAAUCAUCAAGGGUGUUGCAAGGGGAUUGGCCUACCUAUACAAAGAACUCCCAAUGCUAACUCUGCCUCACGGCCACCUGAAGUCAUCAAACAUUCUUGUCGACGCAACAUAUGAACCCCUUCUAGCUGAUUAUGCACUAGCACCUGUGAUCAACAAGGACCAUGCCAAAGAAUUCAUGGUGGCCUACAAGUCUCCUGAAUCCACGCAAAACGACAUGGUAACAAGGAAAACCGACGUAUGGAGCCUAGGGAUACUAAUACUAGAGCUGCUGACAGGCCGGUUCCCGGCUAACUAUCUGAAGCAAGGCAGAGGGCCUAGUGCUGAUUUGGCUAGUUGGGUUAACUCUGUUGUGAGGGAAGAAUGGACCGGUGAGGUGUUCGACAAGGACGUAAGCCUAGCACGCAACGGGGAAGGCCAGAUGCUGAGGCUGCUCAAGAUUGGGAUGUGUUGCUGUGAGUGGAAUGUGGAGAAGAGGUGGGGAUUUAGAGAGGCAGUUGAGAAGAUUGAAGAGUUGAAAGAGAGGGAUAGUGAUGAUGACUACUCUUCUUAUGCAAGUGAGGGGGAUUUGUACUCCUCCAGAGCAAUGACUGAUGAUGAUUUCUCAUUCUCUAAAGCAUGAAAAUUUUUGGGAAAAUGGUGGCAACAAUUUAGUCCACAUGGUUUACUUCUGCACUAGUUGAUCAGGUAGACAUGUUGUUUAUUGCAAAUUCUUGAUAAUUACAUCCACGCUCCUUGAUAUUUGUGCAUAUUAUGAAUAAAAUCCAUCAUUUUUAGAAAAUUAUACCAACACCCCAAUAGUCAUGUUUUCCAAAUUGUAGAUUCAUUCUUGACUGUGGUAUUCAGAGAGGAAUCUGUAAUGUGAAACAUGAAUGAAAAGGGUGUGGUGCUAUUUUUAAAAAUUGAGGGAUUUUUUAAGUAAUAUAUCUAAACUUCAAGGGUAUAAGUAUAAUUAUCAAAAAGUUCUAAUUUGUUAUUCUUUUAUAAAGUUUAUAUAGACAGUUUGUUUAUGAGCUGAGGACAAUGG